AUGGCUGUUGUUGCUGUGGAGCCUGCUGCGGAUGCUGUUGCCAGGGUGCUGGGCCGCGUCCACCUCUCCCUUGUGGAGCUCUGUACCCUCCUCUUUGAGGGUUCCUCGUUGCACGUCAAGCUGGCGACCAUAGCAGUAAAAGGCAAUACGGAGGAGGGGCAGCAGCAGCAACAGCCUGUAGUGCCUGAAACUCCCACAGGAGCUACAGAAACGACGGCAUCACCAGAGGAGGAAGAAGAGGAAGAAUAUGUGGUUGAAAAGGUUUUGGAACGUAGAGUGGUGAAGGGAAAAGUGGAAUUUCUGCUGAAAUGGAAGGGUUUCUCAAAUGAGGACAAUACAUGGGAGCCAGAGGACAAUUUGGACUGCCCUGACCUCAUUGCAGAAUUCAUGCGAAAGUACAAAGAGAAGGAGGAAAAAAAGAAGGAAGGCAAGAGAAAAGCAUCCAAUGAAGCAGCAGGAGCACCAGAGGACAGAACGAGCAAGAGGAAGAAGGAUGAGGGUGAGAAAGUCAGAGGUUUUGGGAGAGGUCUGCAGCCAGAAAGAAUUAUUGGUGCAACAGAUUCAAGUGGUGAGCUGAUGUUCCUGAUGAAAUGGAAGAACUCAGAUGAGGCUGACCUUGUCCCAGCCAAAGAAGCCAACGUCACUUGUCCCCAGGUGGUCAUCUCUUUCUAUGAGGAGCGCCUUACCUGGCACUCUUAUCCCGCAGAGGAAGAGGAGAAGAAGGAGGAGGAGAAAAAAAAUUAGCUAAGUGGACACGUCAGAGGAAGAGAAUGCGAGGUGCAGGGUUGUAAUUAAAGUACAGUACAUACUCCUGUAGAGCUUAGUUUACUGUAAUGGCCACUUUGGCAAGUGAAAAAGUCCAGGGAGUGGGGUGUUAGUUUCCACCAUUUUAUUUUCUAAUUAUUUUUUGGGGGGAGGGGAGGCUUCCUGUGACAUGAAGAUACAUACUUCCAUUUAUCAAAAUGUUUAUUGAAUAUUUUUUAUUGAAUAUUUUUAAAAGUAUGUUUACCAGUAAUUUGGUUAUAGUGUUCUGUUGUGAUUUCUAGCCAUAAAUUUUGGAGGCCAAAAUGGGUGUGCAUUGAAACAGAAGCUGUUAUUAAAUCUUAUACAGUAUGUGUACAGCUGUCCAUUCAUGUUGGCUGGGCUGUGGCAAGCAAUUUGAUCUCUUUCGUAAAGUUGUGUAAAAAAUUAAGACGGCUGACAGUAUUUUAAUGCUGGCUGCUGAAGUCGAUCAAUUGAACAAGGCAAAUAUUUUUGGGACAUACAUUAUUUUGUCUCUUAGUCCAUCACCACCCACUAGUGGUCCUGCAAAUUGCAAAUUCUCCUGCAUUCCUAUUUUGGUUAGCUCAGUCCAAAACACUGAUAUUAAAUAUGCACAGCUAAACCAAAAUACAUACCUGGUUGUAAUUGACCUCACUGUUGUAGCAAAGGGCACAUUUUCCCUCAUCCCAUUGGUGGCUUAAUAUUUGACAGGAGGGAUGAUGUAGAGUUUGUUAGCUAAGCGGUUACUAUUGUGUCCGGGCUGCAGCUAAUGAAUAUUUUAUUCUUCGAGUAUCCUACUGAAAAGUCUAUCCAAUUAUCAACUAUUCGGAUAAAAUGUGUUUUUGCUUGGUUAAGAGCAAUUAUGAAUACAAAAACAAACACAUUUCACUUAAUGAACAACCAGUAGGUUUCCUUUUUAUAUACUCUAUAUUCUCAACAGUUUUUAUUUUUUGUGCAUAGCACCAAACAGUAUUUUAUUGGCGAGAAACACUUUUGAGUGGGGAAAUUUCAGUAAAUAUAAACAAAUUUCUGUUAAAACAUGGCAUUUCUUGUAUCAAAAACAUGAGGCAUUAAUUAAAAAAAAAAAGCAUUAACAGCCUUUGUGCAACUUCACUUAAGCAGCUAGCAUUUUAGCAUGUGACAUUACAGUAGGUUCAUGGCUGCGCUUUUAUGACCUUGGACCAGCUCACGAGGAAUAAGACAAAUAUAUCGUUUAUAUUACCAUGUAUUACAAAGUUUUAGAACCUUUCAAACUAAAAUGAUAACACGUCAAAAGGGGAAAAACAAAGAUUUGCUUCAUUUGACUUCACCAAAGCCCUACUCUUGGGGUACAUGCACCAUUUUAGUCCUCUCUGACCACUUUUCCCAGGUUUUUUACCUACAUGACUCAAAAUGUAGCCAAUUAAAGAUCAGAUGGUAGUACACUGGCUAUAUGUCACAUAGUGCCUGAGCAAAACGUACAAGCGCCGUGUAGGAAGUAUUUUUAUGGUGGCAGGCAUACUGUUGUCACCAUUGUAGUAAACCAGCCAAAAAUUCAACAGUAGUCAUAAUUAAUAGAGACGUAGUUCCCCUCAGGGCUAUGUUGUUAGUAAGGUACAUUAACAUUAAUCUCACUUGAGUUGCGUAGCGUUUAACUUACCUCUUUUUGGGUUCUAUGCGGCUUCAUACUGGGCAUCUUUGGUGGAGAGCAAGGUCCGCGUUACGACGAUUACGUCACAGUGCUCGCCUCGCUCUUCAGAAUGAAAUGCUCGCACACUUUCCCAUUCUCCGCAUUUGUGAAACUCUUCGUCGCUGCCAUGUUCCCGCUUCAUCAACCAAAUAGAUUCGCUUCCGCAUCCUACUUCCUUAAGGCCUCUUUAUACUCCAGCGGUCGCGUGGCCGACAACGCCCGUAAUUGCAUCACAUUGACCAACGAAUUGGCCCGCGUGGCCGUUCUGCGUAGCAUGAAGCGCACACGGCAAAAAUUGUUGCUGCGCGUAGAAUGCCGCGUAGAUCAUCUCUCGUGAUUGUUCCAUUUUAGUCACAUGCUGUGACGAUGUAAUCAGCAUUCCUCCCGGUUCCACAUAGCGCCUACGCCGCCGCCUUCUCGAUCGAUUUUGCAGCAUAAUUAAACGUGUCCUCUGGUCAUCCAGGUCCAUUUGUUCUAGCAGACUCUGUUCCACGGUUGCCAUUGUUGUUGCUUUGUUCCUUGUUACGGAAAGGAACGUAAAAGCAGCUUCCGGAAAUGGCCACAAAACGCAGAAGAAACUCCACCCUGUGGGGUCCUAGCCAAUUCUUGGGGGAGAACUGCAGCACACUUUCCAAACAGCGCUCGUGGGUUGCACUCGAGUAAAAAGGCAAACUGCGUGCGGGCUAGCCGCAGUGACGUCAGCGCGCUCGCCGUCCGCGCGAGUAUAAAGAAGCCUUACGUUGACGUAAGCGCAUUGUACCAUAUGAACGCUCGUGCAUCCUUUGAGUUUCACACUAAAAUUAACAGUUCCCAGGGGCAGAGAAAAUUGCUCACAGUUUUUUUCUGUCGAGGUACUCAAAAUACCGGAGUGUACUCAUUACAGCCCUAAUUUCAGUUCAACUCCAGCCUCUAGGUUGUUUCUCGAUGAGACUGUAAAAGUAUGCCAUCCAAUCACAAUUACAAUUUAGGAAAUUACUGACACUCACUGAUAUACACUAUGCCUCUUCACUGUCUUCUUGCAUGUUCACUCUGUUGAUCCAUGUGCUUGCAUACAGUUUUGUCAAACAUUUUGUGCAGUUUUGCAUUAUAAUAAAAACAGGAUAAACGUGACAUUUAAAUUGUUUGUGACCAAUUUUCUUUUUCCUCAGCCUUUCAUCUUUUGGAACAAUUACCUGGUUUUUGAAUGAUAUUGAGAAGAGAAUUAUUUUAUGCUCUGCAGUUGUUAAAGUGCAAUUUACUUUUAAGCUACUGUAGUAAUACAAAUAACAGCUGUAUAUAUGCAUUGACAGAAUAAACAUGCGGUUAGAAGUAGCCUAGGCAUUUUCAUAUAAUUUGAUCAAUAAUGGUAAAGACAUUGCCCACUGAAUUUCCUUUUGAAAAUUAAUUGUACUGAUAUGAGUGUUUGAAUUAUUGGCAGUUGUUAUCCAUCAAAAGGUCAUAAUUGUUUCUAAGAAAAAUAUUUGCUUAACUUUUUAAAUGCCAAAAUGUCUCUACUGUUAGGUGUCCGAAAUGGAAUUUCUUCAUUUAUUUUAUCUUCUGAAGAUGCGAAUUGCAUUUUGGUAUAUAUAAGAUUUUUCACCUAUUGCUUAAUAUGCCUUUUCCAUGAAAAACUGACUCGAUUACAUCUUGGUGUUUUCAGAGUUCUUUUUUUUGUUUUUGUUCUUUUCAAACGGUUCUUUGUCACUCAAGCUGUCUUAACCGUUAAUGCCACUGGAGAGAGCCUCAUUAUGUUGUUGGAAUAAACCAGCGGGAUCUGUGAGCUGAAGUGCUAGGAUGAGGCAUCUGUUUUGCAUUAACACAGUAGCAGGCUGCAAAAUAUAUAUAUUUUUCUGAAUAUGUAUGAAGAGUGAAAAUGAACUAUUGCAUGUCUUUACCAUUAUGAUUGUAUGAAGACAUGUAUAAUCGGUUUGAGUAGUUAGGGUCAUUUAUGCACUUGUAUCUGCAGAGUUUGAAGGGCAACACGAAAAUUGUGCAACAUGAUUUUUUUAAAGCUGUUUGUCUUUGCCAUUGUGCACUUUUUUCUUUACCGUUUUAAAAAGUGUAUUUCAGUGGGUCACCACCAUUUGCUCUGUCAUUAAGGGUUGCCUUUACUGUGAAUGCCUAAAAUGUUAUAUGAUCAAUAACUUUUUGAAAAAUACGACUAAGCAUGGCUGUUUUAGUAUGGGAGACAUUUAACCCAUUAAACCAAGGUGGCAUAAAAAAACAAAAUUUGGACAAGCACUGCACACAACUCUGAAGAGUAAUGGUUCACGGAUGUGAGAACUAAUAUUACAUUGAACAUGUUUUCUAUAUUUAGUGCACAUCCAUAUGUUCCCCAUUCAUACAUUUUACCUUGUACAUACCAAUACAAUUACCUGGUGGACUCCUGUGACAUCAGCUGGAAUACAAUGUACAAAACUCAAGUAUGUCAAAACGACCAGUACAACAAAUCACGUGGACUUUAUGAAAUAGUAGGCCUUUAACACAAGAUAGAUGAUUAUUUUUUUUAUUUUAUUUUUUUGCAACUAAAACUGCUGUAUUUAAAUUUAUCGUGCAACCCCAAUUCCAAUGAAGUUGGGACGUUGUGUUAAUCAUAAAUAAAAACAGAAUACAAUGAAUUGCAAAUCAUGUUCGACCUACAUUUAAUUGAAUACAGUACAAAGACAAAAUAUUUAAUGUUCAAACUGAUAAACUUUGUUUUUAGCAAAUAAUCAUUAAGUCAGAAUUUCAUGGCUGCAACAUGUUCCAAAAAAGCUGGGACAUGGUCAUGUUUACCACUGUGUUACAGCACAUUUUCUUCAAUAAAUGUUUGGGAACUGAGGACACUAAUUGUUGAAGCUUUGUAGGUGGAAUUCUUUCCCAUUCUUGCUUGAUGUACAGCUUCAGCUGUUCAACAGUCUGGGUUCUCCGUUGUUGUAUUUUACGCUUCAUGAUGCGCCACACAUUUUCAAUGGGAGAGAGGUCUGGACUGCAAGCAGGCCAGUCUAGUAGACACACUCUUUUACUAUGAAGCCACGCUGUUGUAACACGUGCAGAAUGUGGUUUGGCAUUGUCUUGCUGAAAUAAGCAGGGGCGUCCAUGAAAAAGACAUUGCUUGGAUGGCAGCAUAUGUUUCUCCAAAACCUGUAUGUACCCUUAAGCAUUAAUGGUGCCUUCACAGAUGUUUAAGUUACCCAUGCCAUCACAGAUGCUGGCUUUUGAUCUUUGCGUCCAUAACAGUCAGGAUGGUUCUGUUCCUCUUUGGCCCGGAGGGCACGACGAGUCCACAAUUUACAAAAACAAUUUGAAAUGUUGACUCGUCGGACCACAGAACACUUUUCCACUUUUCAUCAGUCCAUCUUCAAUGAGCUCGGGCCCAGAGAAGCCAGCGGCGUUUCUGGGUGUUGUUGAUAAAUGGCCUUUGCUGUGCAUAGUAGAGUUUCAAGUUGCACUUACAGAUGUAGCGCCGAACUGUAUUUACUGACAUUGCUUUUCUGGUGUUCCUGAGCCCAUGUGGUGAUAUCCUUUACACAUUGAUGUCUGUUUUUGAUGCAGUGCUGCCUGAGGGAUUGAAGGUCACGAGCUUCCAAUGUUGGUUUUCGGUCUUGCCGCUUAUAUGCAGUGAUUUCUCCAGAUUCUCUGAACCUUUUGAUGAUAUUAUGGACCGUAGAUGAUGAAAUUCCUAAAUUCCUUGCAAUUGUACGUAUAGGAACAUUGUCCUUAAACUGUUUGACUAUUUUCCCACGCACUUGUUCACAAAGAGGUGCACCUCGCCCCAUCUUUGCUUGUGAAUGACUGAGCAAUUCAGGGAAGCUCCUUUUAUACCCAAUCAUGGUACCCACCUGUUCCCAAUUAGCAUGGUGAUUUGUGGGAUGUUCCAAACAGGUGUUAGAUGAGCAUUCCUCAACUUUCGCAGUCUUUUUUGCAACCUGUUCCAGCUUUUUUGGAAUGUGUUUCAGCCAUAAAAUUCCAAGUUAAUGAUUAUUUGCUAAAAACAAUCAAGUUUAUCAGUUUGAACAUUAAAUAUCUUGUCAUUGUAUUGUAUUCAAUUAAAUAUAGGUUGAACAUGAUUUGCAAAGCAUUGUAUUCUGUUUUUAUUUAUGUUUAACACAACAUCCCUACUUCAUUGGAAUUGGGGUUGUAUUUAGACACCUCAUUGAAGUAAUUAUCAGCUCCUGUGCAAGUCUUGUACAUUUUUAUACUUUCAAUAUUGUUUUAUGCAAACCUGUUAUACAUCAGUCUUCCGAACAGUCUGUUGUGAUUCAUUUUGUCUUGCCUCUAAAGCAUUUCUUUUCAUUCAUCAAAUUAGUAUAGUUAUUUUGCAUGUAUCUUGCAAUGUCACUAUUACUGGCCAUUCACUUUUAUCUGUUAAACAAUAAAGUUUUUGAUUUUCUUAAA